AUGUUUGCUACGCGCUCUCUGCGGAUGUUCCGGGCCACCCCCCGCAUGAUGCGGCCCAUUCCUAAGGAGGAGCAGUCUGCCCACACUGUCUCCCAGCGCCUCAGACGCCUUAAGAACAUCCCCGCCGAGUUGAUUCCCCUUGGUGUCGUCGUCGGCUUCGCCGUCUGCGCGGCUUGCUACUCCAUCACCCGUCACUUGGUCGUUGACAAGACCAUCCGUCUCAAGAGACAAAAUCGCGCUGCCGACAGCCACGCCGCUGCCGGUGAGCACCACUAA